GCAGAAAAUGGCGACACUUCCCCCGACUCCUGGUCCCCCAGCUCACUCCAUGUUCCCCUCUCUGCAUGCCCAUAGUUUGGCUCCUUGUGCCAUGUCAUCCCCAGACUGGUGAAAGAAGGUGGGGAGGGAAAAACCACCUUUGGAGACUGAGCAGUAACUGAGAGGUAACAGUUCAGGGAGGCGGUUAGAGCCGUUGGGGGUGGCACAAGGGCAGUUGGAGGGUGUCUCCAGGCAAGCAGCUGGUCCAGGACAGGGACAAGGUGUGGAUGUGGGUAUGGGACUGCCCACCUACUCCCGGAUCUGAUCUUGCAGUAUAUUGAUCCCUAUUGCUCAGAGAUGAGAAAUGGCAAGCAAGAAGAAAGAAACCCAGUUCCAGACCAUAAUAACCAAUCAAGACCAGUGGGAUGAAGUGUUGCUAAAGAAAGGUGUAGUAGUAAUAGAUGUGUAUCAAGCUUGGUGUGGUCCUUGCAAAGCUGUGUUGAAUUUGUUCAGAAAGCUGAAGACUGAGUUUGAUGAUGAUGAUGUGUUGCAUUUUGCAGUGGCAGAGGCUGACAACAUUCCAACUCUGGAACCAUUUAGGAAAACAUGUGAGCCUGUGUUCCUUUUUUGUGUUAAUGGCAAAAUUAUUGCCAUGGUGAGAGGUGCAAAUGCUCCUCUUCUAACUAAGAAAACAAUAGAGCUAGUGGAAGAAGAGAGGCAAAUUGCAGCUGGACAGAAGGAACGCAUCGAGGUAGAUGAACUUGUUUUCCCAGAAGAGAAAUCAUCAGAAGAGAGUAUUGAGGGCAAUGCACCCAAGGAAGAAGAGGUCAAAUACUCUGUUGGAAUUAUAAAACCUGAUGAUGUCUUAGAGGGACGCGUAAAAGAAAUUAAAAAAAAGAUUAAAAGAGCAGGAUUUACCAUUGAAGUGGCAGAGGAAAAAAUGCUAACUGAAGAGCAAAUCAGAGCAUUCUAUGGCCACAAUAAAGAACAGCCCGAUUUUGAAGAAUUUGUUCAAUACAUGAUGAGUGGACCGUGCCACGUUUUGGUAAUCACUAAAAAAGGAGCACCUGCCGAUAUUCCUCACUGGAAAGAGCUACGUAAAUUGAGUGGGGAUGAUGGCACUGAGGAGUCAGGCAGCUUGGAAGGAACCAUGGAAACCGAGAGUUUAUUAAACCUAUGUGAUGUGCAAGACAGUGUAGAAGAGGCCAGCAGGCAACUUGCCUUCUUUUUCCCAAAUUUUGAUAAAAAUAAGACAGACCAAAAAGCUGAAAGGACUUUGGCUUUAAUUAGACCUUCUCUCUUAAAGGAAAGACGAGAUUCUGUCAUGCAAAGAAUAAGGGAUGAUGGCUUUGAAAUAGUAAUGCAGAAAGAAAUAAUCCUAUCUGAAAAACAAGUACGUGAAUUUUACAAAGAGCAUGAAAAUGAAGACUACUUCCCAGUCCUUCUAGAGCAAAUGACCAGUGGUCCAACUCUUAUACUUGCUUUAACACGAGAAAACGCUGUAGCACACUGGAGAGGUUUAUUAGGCCCAAAGACUCUUGAAGAGGCUAAGGAAGAUCCAAACAGUUUACGUGCACUGUAUGCAGUGGACAGCAGUCCUAUUAAUCAGCUGCAUGGUAGUUCCACAACCGAUGAUGCUCAGAAGGAAUUGGAGUUCUUCUUCCCUCAGGAGCACACACUGGCAGUAAUCAAACCUGCUGCUGCUAAGGAGCACAAAGAUGACAUUAUGCAAAAAGUUAAAGAUGCUGGGUUUACCAUCUCAAAGAUUAAAGAAGCAGCUUUAACUCGUGAUAUGGUUGCACAUUUUUAUAAGGAUCAUGAAGGAAAAUCAUUUUUUGGUGACUUAUUGUCUUCUAUGACUGAGGGCCCAUCAGUGAUAAUGGUGUUAUCAAAGGAAAACGCUGUGGAAGAGUGGAGGCAACUAAUGGGUCCAACUGAUCCAGAAGAGGCAAAAAAUAUCUCUCCUGAAUCAAUUCGAGCCCAGUUUGCACAAGAUAUUUUGUCUAAUGCUGUUCAUGGAUCAUCUACGAAACAACAAGCACUGGAAAACAUUCAGUACAUAUUUGGAGAGAUUGAUAUAGAUUGAACAAUUAAGAUGCAAUCUCUGAAAAUUGAUAUUAAUGUAAUUAGAUGGCUUUGUUUACCCAACCACCUAUACUUGAGAGUAUAUACACACACAUUUUCCUUCAUGCUCCAUCCACUUUUUCAUUAGCCAGUUUUUUGUUGUGACCUUUGCAAAACAUAACAAUGUAACAAGCAACACCUUCCAGAACUUAGAUGUUAGUAGUGAUUUCUUUAUAUAUGCUUACUAGAAAGUUUUUCUUUUAGCACUUUGACAGGUUUAUGUCUUUCCAACAGUUCUAAGGUGCUUUGUAUAUAACUGCCUUUCAAAACAAAACAAAACAAAACAAAACACCACCACAGGGUUAAAGAAGGUCGUUGAAACAUUGUAAACGCUGUUAACGACACGUCCACUGUGAUGCAGAUUGAGUCCUACAGUUCAGACACCUACAAAGGAGAAAUGCUUGAAGGUAGUGGAGACAUUGCUACAAUAUGGACAGAGACCAGCAGCAAGUGUGGGAAUGCUCUCCAAGGGAGAAGGAGCCAGGAACCAAGUGCGAGGCCUCACCACACCCAAGCAGAACUAGGGAGCCAAGUCCAUCAACAAUUCCAGACAAAAGAAGUAACCAACCAUGUCCAGGACCCAUUCAAGGGUCCAGCCAGGAACAAUAGGCAAGAGAUUCAGAGACAAGCACUCCAGCAACACAGCUCAGGCAAGGAUUAAGGCCAAGUGUGAGGUUUAAAUUGGGCUCCUGAGCCUGUUGGUCAAGCUAUGAGUGCACAUCCCAGGUGAGUCUGUUCAGGGCUAUUAAGGCCUAUUGGUUCCCUCGGGCCCCUGAAAAAAAACCUUUGCACUGUUUAUUUAUCCUUUCCCUAAACAUCUUCCAACAAUUACUGUCACAGGUAAGACGAUAAACUAGAAGGUCUAUUCCGGUCCAUUUACUCAAUUCAAAUGUAUCAGAUGAAGUAAAAUAUAAAGUCAGCUCUCACAUAACAGCUAUUCUUGACAUAUCACUCCUUGCCAAACUACUCAAAUUGUAUCCUGUCCCAGUCUAGCUUGGCUGGCCUUCAUGAAGAACACAAAUAUCCUUUGUAGCUGAUAUAUUGUCACUUUUGCUGUCUGAGUCUGUUGAAGGUUGAGGUACUGAAGAAUGGCAUUCAACUAAAGCAACUUACUUACAGCAUUGAUUAGAAGUGCAAAGUCCAGAAAGAAUCUUUCCCACACUUCCUUUAUUGUUCCUAUUGUAUUUAAUAAAACUAGCUGUUUUAAAGAACUUCCUGACAAAUAUUUCUGUUGUGAUGGGGCAUUUGUUAUUAUAGACAUUCCUCCAGUAGAAGUUGGACUGAGUGUUCUCCUGGUGGCCCAUUUUCACCUACAGCUGCUUUAUUGCCAUAAAUUCGAGUUGAGGCUAGCUAGCCUGUAGGAAGCUACAAUUAGUGCAGAAUUUAUAUGUCAACUCAUGAGGUGAGUUCUGAGAAAUGUACUUCAGAAUUACUGUAUGGUUUUUGGCUUAUUUUUCCUUCAAAAAACCAUUAAAACUGUUCUUUCGGACAUUAUUUCAGCACUUUGUGUCUUUUGGGUGCUGGCAUGUUGUACUUUAAACCAAAAAGCAGUCUCAGAAAAAGCCUGAGCAGGGCAAUUUCAGAGACACAAAUUCAGUUCAUUUCCCAAGAUCCUUGCUAGAGUUAAUGGCUUUCCUACCAACGGCACAAAUACAGUUUUGAAGUUUUAGAUGGGAUUAUUUUUUUAUGGGAAUAGAAAUGUAAAACAGCAAAAUAUGUUUAUGUCUUAAGAGGUCGUUAAUUUUCUGAUGGUAGUUCACAACCAAAUAGGGAAUGUUUGAUAGGUAUCACACACAGGUUUUGAAUACUGUGGAUUAUCUGAUCUUAAAUCUUGGUUAGUUGUCAUGGUACAGAAGCUCUGCCUGGUUAAGUAUAAUAUAAUUUUAUAUACUGAGUUAUUGCUUGUUUAAUAACCAUUCUUCGUCCUCCAUUACAUCAUUUUCAAGUAAUAUAACAUGCUUUUUCUCCUUAGUUCAACUGUUAGCUGUCAAAGGACUGCAUAUAUUUGGGUUCAUAUAUUAAUGUGUGUCACUUAUGACCUAGGGGUAACACAAGUGCUUGGUUAAAAUGAUUCAGUAGAUUCCAUUGCAAUAUGACACAUAGAUCUAUGACAGUUUUUCUUCCCAUUGCAUAAGUAUGCAAAGCUAAACUGAAAUGUGGAAACAUUUAAUUUAUCAAUGCUUAUUUGCUUCUCCUAAACAUGGUCUUGAUCUUAAUGUGUUUUAGCAGCUUUUGAAAGAAGGAAUUCAAGAGAUACAUUUAAAAUUACAAAAAUGUUUCAGUCAGCUGUUGGAGAGAUUCAGAUUCACAAAGGCUGUGUAUCUUUGAGUUACAGACUUGUAGAAUUAUCAAAAUAUCACGUGUGUAAAAGCAUGGCAAUUGAAAUACAGUCACUAUUUUAACAAAUCACCUUGUCUCUUUAAAGGUUUAACUCAAUACAUAGGUAUUAUACACAAAAUUUAGACUGCCAUCCACUCUUCUUCAAAUUUAAAUUACUGUGACAUGGACAUGGAUGUAAUGUUUAAGAGUUUGAGCACUUUUGAUGAGAUCAGCAAACAUUUGCAUUUAUAGAGUCAGGAGAAACGUGUUCCAACAUAAAUUCAAUUGAGUCUCACAGAUGAAAAUCUUCCUGCAAUUAAGUUUACACAGCUCCUUUACCUACAAAUCUUACAGAAAGUCUGACUCUGUCCUUUCAUCUCAUAUCUAAAUGCCAGACCAAAAGAGGAUGUGACCUUCAUGAUCAUUUAUUUAGAAAAUAUCUUGUGGUUCAACAUAGAAUUAGGUAGUGCAGAGAUGUGAUGAAAAUUCUUCCAACACUAACAAAAGAUAACAUAGUUAUUCUUCUGAGUUUUGUCCCAGCAGGAGAGAAAGGGAACCACAAGACAUGUUUAUUUGUAAAACAGACCACAUAGUUCCUUGUUUAGGAACUUUAAUGAAAUAAUAAUCUGACACUAAGACUAUAUUAAAGCUCUGUUUCAGUUUAGAAUGAUAAACAAGCUGGUUCUAAAUCUCAAAAUACUGUUUAAGAAGAAUUAGUAUGUCUCAUUGUAGCAAGUAUUUGUACUGAAUUACUGCACAAUCAAAUAAGAGAAGCUUUUUUCCCCACCAAGGAGAAGGAGCCGAUCAGCUUGUGGUUAUGUACUGCUGCUGUUUUUCCUUUGCUCUGACUGCUACACUGACAGGUCACACCUUGCAAGGAUCUGUUCACUUUAUCUGCUGUUCUUUGUGGGCAACGGAUUAGCUUUGUGAUUACCUCCAUCAGAUGAUAAAUGCUGAUGUGCUCUGAGUAUCUACCAACUAAAGUUUCAUCAUACUGUAACAAAAAUGUUUAGGGUGUUGUUCUGCUUGGGGCAUCUCUUGAUCACUCUGAUGCAUCCAUUAACCUUCUACUUGUAACAUGCAUUGUCUGACAUAUUUAAGGUACAUUUGGCUUUUGAUCUUAGUAUUCUCAUCUAGAGAAAAGAACUGUGUCCUCCCUUCCAGCCACUUUCCUUUAUGCUUAUUGCCAUACUGGUUUAUCCACAAGCCUCUUGGCAACAACAACAGGAGCCAGUCUCAUAUUAACAGAUUAUCUGGAAUGCCCUGAAUUUACUGCAUCUCUAGGAAGCAAGCUUGAAAUCUGUUUCACCUUCCAAUAAAGCUGUUGUUCAGUUUUGGAGAUGUUACAAGAAACAUAGUGUCAGCAGUUGAAAUUAAAUGUAGAGUCUUUACUAGGUCUAAUUAGAAGUAAUGUACCUCUAUAGAAAUUAAAUACUUAUUUGUAGGUCCUUGCAAGUUACUGCUUUCUACCAUAAAUGGAAACAUAAUUUUGAAUCUUUGUUGACCGAUAUUGACAGAUUUAUAUUUAUUUACAAAAUUAAUUGGAGCUGAUGUGGUCUACCAGAAAAAUCUGGUUGAGGAAAAGUUUUCCUAAGUUCACUUACAUCCAGCUUCUAAGCACAACCAAAAAGUGUGUGUCGGUUGUGCAUAAUUGGAGUAAAUAUUUUUUCAGGUUUAAUUCAUUUGGAAUCUAGGUUGCAAUGCUGGAUCAAAUAAUUUAAGAGCUGUUUGAGUAUUUUGGACUGGAAAAUCUUCUUUUUAUUUGUACAGGAAGUAUUUCUUAGUUAUAUGCAAUGACUGGACAAAAAUAACAAAGCUACAACACUGAGCUGAAUUAAUGUGACCGGGUCAUUCAGGUCCUGUUGGAGGGGAGGUUAUGGCUUUUUUAAAAUGUGGUUCAUAAAGAAGUUUUGAUUUGCAUUUACAGUGAGCUUCUAAAACAGUGCCAAUUAUUCACAAUUAGAGUAAAUAUUUUUUCAGGUUUAAUUUUUUUGAAAUUGAGGUUAGAACAUUCAGUCAAAAUUUUCAGUGGCAGCUCUUACUAAACUGAGUACCUCUGUGUGGGAGGUAGUAAGAAACACACUAAAAACAUCUGUUCAGUGUUCCAGGCAACUUUUAUUUUAUAUGAAAAAAAUGUCAAGGCCCUCAGCUGUAGCACUGAGAAAAAAAAUGGACACCUCACGUUUUGGCCUGUUAUUUUUUUCAGCUGUGAAUAGGUACAGUAAUUACUUUCAUCCACCAUUUGCCCACUCUGCUAAACAAAGGUUUCAUGACUGUGGUGCUGGGGUGCACUAGCAUGGCAAUGACUACAUCUGUCCGUGGAUGUGCAUGAGGAGACGUGACUCUGACUUUUUGCCAGAUGUCAGGGAGCAGAACUGGGGAGUGAGGCCAUGUAGGGACACAGGAUGAUACACCUCCCUGCUCAAACAGCCCUUGCUGUGCCAACACCUGUUUCGCGACUUCGCAAGGGAAGGGCAGCAAGCUGAAGUGUGGGAAUGUUCCAAGUCUGCAUUCAGCUGGUAUUUGAUUUUGCAGUGGGUUAAUAAUUGUAAGCCAUUUUUAAAACUGAGUGAGUUAUGUUAGUCUUGAAUUGUGUUGGCCCAUGGCUUCGUAAAAUAUAGAAAAAAUAAUAUUUGGGAAAACAAAAGGGAACAGUAAGGGAAACUUUACUAAUUAGUUCUCCUUGUCUGCACAUCUGCUUUUUGUAUUAUGAUAACCCCUGCUUUUUGCUAUAUUGCCUUUCCUUCUUCCGUAUUUUUACCAUAUUAGAAUAAAAGUUGGUGAACAUAAAGCAUACAUUAAAAUGUCAAUUAGUUUGGAAACACUGGGCUUGGUGCACUGAAGGUUACUGCAAGAUACUGAAAUCCUCAGUCCAAUAACGGUAACUUACAGAAGAAAUGGUGACGAUUCUUUGUAGAAUAUAAUUUUUACAUUUUACAUUUCUCUGAUAUCAAACAAUGAAAAGAAAUAUUUUAACAGUUGUAAAAUAAUACUUAACGUUGCUACAAAGUCUAGCUAGCUGUUCCAAAGGUUUCAUUCAACAAACACCACACUUGAUGAUGUUGACAAUAAAACUUGUUAAAGUGACAUAUCACAACUUCGGUAAUUUUUACUUCAACAUCACAAUGACUAAUUUUUAAUAGCUAACCUUACACGUAUUCAUUGGGGUAUUUUAAACUGGGCUGCGGCAGUUGUACCACCCUCUUCUCCCCUCUCCCUUUCCUCCCGAUGAGAUCCCGAGUUUUCAAUAGGAUAGCUGAUGGCUCUUUAACACCUUUUGUGUCCGCUGUGCCUGUGCUCACAGAACCUCCUUGGCCAGUGCCAACAGUCACGUCCCCCUUCCCGGGGCACUGUGACUCCUCAUGCUCAACGCCCCCCGCUCCCCCCCGCCCCCCGCUUGGGGGAUCAGGAGCGGCAGGACCUUCGAUCAACAGACAGGGUACUCAGCCAAGGGAGAAGCUUCUGGACCAUGCUCUUAAUUAUCACAACCAGAUCGGACCUGGCUGUAAAACGGGACAACCUUGGAGUGGUCUUCUCUGAGCAGUGGGUCUGUGAACAGAGCCCUCCCCUCAGAUCAGGGACCCCGUUUUCGGACACUUCCCGGGACUGAGAGCCCUCAUCUUCUCUUCGGUAAGUGAGUUUCUUCUGGAGAUAUUCUUCAGUGAGCCUUUGCCCACUCCGGGCAAGCGAUUUUUUCUUCUGGGUACCCCUGAGUGAAAGAGGCCUCUUCUUUCUGUGAGUGAGUGUCUGCACGCUGUGGAUUAUCAUUUUUGAGCUGUCGUACGGAAAUAAUAUCCUGAACUAGUAUAUUGAACCUGCCUGUAGCAUAUUAAAUGUUGUUGGAGUGCUGACUGAUUUUGGACAAACCCCAUAUUUAGUUGCUUCCCCGCUAAACAGUUCUGGUUUGGAAUAAAGUCUGUUGCAAGCUUGUCGCCUGCCUAAACUGAUAACCUCUGUGACAUUUUAAUUGGUGUAGUAAGUAGGAUAUCAGAAAUGGAGGAGUUACUACCGGGGUAUGGUUGUAAUCCUGCUGCCCCAUCCUGCACACAUUGGGCGGGAGAGAGAGGGUUCAGUCCCGGAGUGGCCGUGGCCGUGUGUGCUCUUGUUGUUUGUGCUGUUGUUGUUUGUGCUGUUGUUGUUUGUGCUGUGCUGUGUAUAGCCUUGUGCGCCUGCCUAAAGCAAUCGCAAGACCAGCACAAAUGCUACAAACAGUCGGAGAGGAGUGACUCCGAGAAACAACUGGAAACAAGUUGUUUGAAAGCGGAGUUACGGCGAGAGAGAGAGCGGGUGCGUCUAUUACAACAAAAGAAUGAGCUCGUGUUAACCCGAGCGAAAACCCCCGCUAGCGUUGCCCAAUCUCGAAAAUUGAUUGCGGGCAUGGACCCCGAGAACGGGGAUAUCCGGAGAGAUUCUAAUGAAAACAGUGUUGAUGAAGUGGAGGAGGCAAAAGAUGUAAGCCUUCCUCUUAAAACGGAGAAAUAUACAGGUCAGCAUGGCCGAAAACCCCGAACUGCCGUUCAUACCAUCCGGUGGACAGAACAUGAGCUCAGCUGUUUGCAAGAUAAAUUCUCUCGCAAGCCGGGCGAAACGGAAACUGAAUAUCUUUGGCGUGUUUCACUUACGGGGGGUGAUCGGAUAUUACUGAGUAAUGAUGAAGCUGGGGGAUUUUGGGGACCUGGGGUGUUUUUAAGUGGUGGUCCGGAUGGUGAUCGGUCCCUAACAUCUCGGGUGGCUUAUUGGGCUGGCGGCGUGGAUCCCAGGGAACGAGAUGAGCCCGUCACCAUUAGAACAAGAAGGUUGUCGGAGUUGUCUGAGGGCGUUCAAAAAGCUGCUUGUAUACAGGCAAUGUAUGAGAAAGGGCAGCAAGACGUCCCCGUGGCUGCGCCGGUAAAUCCCACCCACCUUCGGCCGCUUAUCAGAGGGCUGCCGAACACUUUAAAAAUAUAUGUCCAGUCCCUCAGGGAAAAAAUUCAGUUGGCUAUAGAACUUAACCAGCAAAAUCCCCAAAAUCCAGUGGCGCAUGUAUUAACCUGGUCUGAAAUGCUACACAGUAUAGUCACCUAUAGACGCGAAAUGGGGUGGCCUGGCCCAGGCGGUGGCAGCACAGACAAAAGCAGGAGGGUCGGGCCAGCCAGGCGCAAACCUCGUCCCAGGUGGCCCCCCCGCGCCCGGGCACACAGAGGGAGCACCGGCAAGCGCCCCCGCUCGGGACCCUGAACCUUUGCAAGAGCAAGUUUACGAUCCAGGAGGGAUCAAAUUGCUCGGGGGAAAAACUGGUUUGGCAACUGCACAUCGUUCUUGAAGAUGGGAAACUUGACCCUUUCGUGUUUCUGCUAGGGGAACAAAACGAAUUAAAAAACUAAAAGCCGCGGGCUGGGACCUCGGGCCGUCCCAACCCACUGAAUAUUUAUUUUCCGAAAUGUCACGGGGUAGAAGCUGCUCAUAGUUUGCUCCCGGGCUGCCGCAGUUUAAAGAGAUUUGUAUUCCGCGGUGCCCUCUGCCAGGCGCAGCAGGACCAGGCAUUGCAGAAGCUAUUGACCGCCUUUGUUAUUCUAAUCCACCUCAUUCAAGGAAGCCAAACAGUAUGAGUGUUGUGGGUUUUGUGAGUUGGUUGUGAGUGUUUUGUGUUUUACCCAUUCCCUGAAAAUAUUCAUGGUAAUAACGGAUCACACUUUACCACCGCAGUGGUUUUAAGGUCGGGCUGGAGGGGAAGGUGUUAAGGGGGUAUUUCAUACACCGUAUUAAAACAGGAAACCCUGCCACAUUAGCAUCCAGUGGAUGAUCCCGGAUUUCUAACACAAAAGCCCGGCUCCAAGGGACCGAGGCCCAUGUCUGUGUUCUCUUGCAGGAUAAUGGAAAGAUGGACUAUCCUGCUCCUCCUACUGAUGGACUGAGGUAUCUACAGACAGGAUGGCAAAAGACUGCAGCUGGGAUUGGGUUGUGGUUAGACUCAAUCUUUGGAAAGCGAGUCACACCAGUGCAAAGCUGACAGGCCAUUCUGGAGGUGAUCCUGCAACUGGCAACACUAAUGUACUGCACACAUGACAGCACAGAGGCUUCCUAAAUCAUCACUUACACAAAAACAACAAAAUGACUAUCCAAAACAAAACAAAAUUGGACUUAAACCUAUUGAAGGAGGAAGGCAUAUGCUGGAAGCUGAAUUUAUCAGUAAACAAUUGCCGUGUCUAGUUCUGAACAUCUCAGUUCUACUACGAGAACAAAUCAACAAAGGACUCUGGGCAAUUGUUGCCGUACUGGGGGCUAAUUGGUAAAAAAAUUGUCUACACAUUUGGUUUUCCUUAUCAGGAUGUCUACCGUAAUUAUUGAAACUUGCAUUGUUCUAUUGUUUCAUUAUUGACAGGUUGAUUAAUUAUAACGUAUAACACCUAAAAUACAUUUGAAGUAUGAUGAUCCACAGUGGGCAUUAAAACUCAUGACACUGUGCCCCCUUUUAACUUUGGAGGCAAGAGGUGACUGCACCACCACUCCAAAGGAACCGGUAGGAUCAUGACUGUGGUCACAGGGUGGAAUGUGUGGCAGGUGCACAUCCCCUGACGAGAUCCGGGGCUUUCAAUAGGGCAGUUGAUGCCUCACUGUGCCUGUGCUCACCUACGCACAGCCAUGUCCCCCCAACCCCGGGGCAUGGUGAAUGUUCACCUCCCCUCAGCUGGGGGAACAGGUAGGGCAGGACCUUCAGUCAUCCUUGGCCAACAAGCAAGAUUCUCAGACAUGGAGGUGCUCAGGCCCAGAGAAGCUUCUGGACCAUGCUCAUAACAACCACAGCCAGAUCCAACCUGGUUAUAAAACAGGGCCCCCGCCGAAGACCCCCUUUGAGUGGUCUUCUCGGAGCAGCGGGUCUGUGAACAGAGCCCUCCCUCAGAUCAGGGACCCCAUCUAAGAAGACUUGGUGGGAUUAAAUGCUCACCUUCUCAUUGGUGAGUUUCUUCUGGAGAUAUUCUCAAAUGAACCCUUGCCCACUCUGGGCAAGCAGUUAUUUCUUCUGGGUACCCCUGAGUGAAAGAGGCCUCUUCUUUCUGUGAGUGAGUGUCUGCACACUGUGGAUCAUUAUUUUUGAGUGGUCGUAUGGAAAUAAUAACCUGAAUUAGUAUAUCGAACCUGCCUGCAGUUUAAUAAAUGUUUCUGAGUGCUGACUGUUUUUGGAUAAACCCUGUAUUUAGUUGUUUCUUCACUAAAUAGUUCUGGUUCGGAAUAAAUUUUAUUGGGAGCUUAUUGUCUGCCUAAAUUGAUUUCAGGGGUGUCUCUAUGACAUGGGAUCAAUAGGUAAUGAAAGCUUAAGAACUGUUACACAGAAAGAGUAACUGUUUUAGGAGCUUUCCAAUCAUCAGUGUUUUAGGUCACGCUUACUUAAGUCAACUUUUUCAAAUUCACCUAGUUUAGUCACCAGCAGUAAAAUUCUGUCUCCUUUGAUUUUGGUUUCAGUUUUUCCAUUUCCUUGUACAGGAUUAAGAUUUCACCUUUAGUCUGUAUUUAGGCAUCUUAAAUGUGUGGUGGUUUUUCAUUUUUUUUUGCACAUGUUGAACACAUAUAAUUUCCACUAAACUCAAUAGAUACCAUAUAUAUGCUCAGCAUUCUUGGCACCUGGAUUGAAUUUUAGAUCUAAUUUGCAGAUGUUCCAUGGAGAUAAAGUUCUGCAGCUACCCAGAAUUAGCAGGAAUAGCUACAUUCAAAUGCUGACUUUUGCAUAUUUUAACCAACUGCUCAAAACUCAACCAAUGAUCAUGUAGGGUUGUUUUUUUGUUGUUUUGUGCUUUUUUUUUUUUCCUUUUUUUCUUGGAACUACCCUAUAUGCUAUUUAGGUUUUCUGUAAUACCUCUGUUUUAAGCAUUCUAACUUGGCAUCUAUGUCUUCAGCUUGUGUUAGCAUAUCACCAGCUAUAUUACAGCUUCUACCAAAAUCACUCUAGCGUAUUCUGCCUUAAAUUUCAUGCAUGCAAAUUUCAUUUGAAUUCUUGCAAUAACAUAGAUCAAUAUACUGAUAUGACCAGUUGUAAUGUUUUACGUUGACCUACACAGAACUUUUCUUUUUCUGAUGUAAACUCUGUCUAUUUUUGAAAUGCUCAUUUUGUUUUAUAGAUACCAGAACUGCUAAGUCUAGUCAUUAGUUUUGCUGUAGGAAUUCUUGAAGAGCUUUAAAAUGUCUCUCAUGAGCUCUUAGAAUGCUAAUGCAGGUGAUCUUUUUACAUUUUAACAGAAAUCAUACUACGCUGGCCAUCAUUUAUGUCAUCUUAAAGUUAUGUUAAUUAGAUUAUGUCACCUUUGCUUUUUUUUUUUUAUUUUUUAAUAAAUAAAAACAUCUGUUUUGUCUGUGAA